UGCAUAUUUUAUAAAACAAACAAUCAUUUUCAUUGACUUGAUCAUGCAAUUCACCAUUCCUUAAUUAUAAAAUGUCAUUGAAACCACAAAAUUCCUGCUGUCAAAACUGGAUUUGUGAAUAUUAUUUGAGCAAUAAAUUUCUUGCAUCUUUGAAUCGACAAAUGUUUGGAACAUAUUCGUUUCUGAAGGACUUUUCUUUUCAGGAAAUUUCUUUAACAACAAUAAUCAUUUUGACGCUAAAUUUGUUGUUGAAGUUGAGAUCUUGGACUUUGAUAUGGCUGUGUUUCUUACAUUAGAGCUGUUUGUCGUAGCAUUUUUGAUGAAAGAAAAAAUAGUAGUACACACACAACAAGCAAAAGGGUGUCCCCUUUUAACUCCAAGAAAUGGAUGUAAAGGCUACUUUUUAAAUGGAACGAAGAGUCACUUAGGGAAUUUCAAUGAGAUAGGAAGUGUUAUUUAUAUAUGGUCAGAUACUUUUUGCACUUAUUUGCGGUGUCAGGAAGAUGGAAAUUAUAACGACACAGUUUCAGUUUCAUGUCUUACUGUAGACACAGGUAAGACACAAUUUCUAUGUUUGGGGUUAUGAUUUGCAUGUAAAUUCUUUUUUCUAUGCUUCAACGUAACACUAACAUUGUAUUAAAAAGAAGCUAGCUAACUUAAGUUGUUUAUUUAAAUACAUGGCAUCGUAACUUGACAUUAUUACCCUUUCUUUUUUAUUUCUAUUUAUUCAUUUCAAUUUCGAUAAACAACACGAACCAAACUUGUACCUUUUUGAUUUCCAGCUGCAUGUUACACGUAUGAUUACCAAUCAAUAAAUAACUUGAUAAUGAUCCCGAGUGAGUUUAAAGUUCUGUCAGGACGUGUUCUCAGUUUUUCAUGUGAAUCAAACUUUACAUUAGAAGGCCCUGACAACAUAUACUUCAGAUCAGUUAAGAACUUUAGUGAUAGCACAAUACCAAAAUGCAUAAGUUGUUGUCCAUAUCCCGGAGAUCUCAAAAAUGGUUACUAUUUAGAUAAAACGAAUAUGCCUUACACAAGCAGUGGGAAAGCAGUUACGGAACAAAUUACAUCACACUGUCAUAAAACCUUUGUAUUGCAAGGGAGUAAAAUAAGAGAGUGUCUAAGUAACGGUAACUGGAGUGACAGUGUUCCGAAAUGUGUUCCUGCUUUAUGUCAUCCACCUCAUGUCAUUCCGCCAAAUGACAGGUAUAUCUUUUCUGAUGGUUCUGAUUCUUCAUCAAAGAUAAUUCAAAUUGGAGACAAGCUCUUUUUUAAGUGUAAAAAGGGAUAUUCUUCAAAAGAAAAUGAUUACAUCAUAUGUAAAGAGGGAGGCCAAUGGCACCCUAAUAAAGGUAAUGGAUGUCAAAUUGUGAAUUGCACAAAUCCAGGAGAAAUAAAAAACGGUAUUUACAUGUUGAGAAAUAACAAUGCUAAUCAUCCCUAUACAGGAUUAAAUGUGCCCUAUGGAACGACGAUCUUAGUUUCUUGUAAGGAAGGGUUUACUAUAAGUGAAAAUAGCACGUUGGACUGUAAUGAAAAUGGGUCUUGGUCCGGGUCAAAACCGGCUUGUACUAACAUCACAUGUGAUAUUCCUCCAAAAUUUGGCAAUGGCUAAU